AUCUUGGAAUAUGGAGCCGUCCGUCUAUGCGCGUCAUCGUCAAGCCUCUUUACUGCGACGGAGGCUCUUCUCUCACCUGGUUCGACGCCGGGGUUGCUUCCGCCCUGACUCUUCUCCACACGGAGACCUUCAGUCUCCCCGAGCCUGGUCCCGUGCCCUCCCGGCAGGAAGCCCCGCAUCCGCACCAAGCCUUUGUCGACCCCACAGGCCGCUUCGUGCUUGUCCCGGACCUGGGGGCAGAUCUCGUCCGCGUCUUCCGAGUCGAUCCCAAGAGCCUCCAUCUCGCCACCCUCGAGCCCCUUGUCACCGUGCCAGGCAGCGGGCCGCGCCACGUAGACUUCCUCGUGGCGCUCGGUGGCCAGACCAUUCGUACUUACAUGUACCUCAUCUCAGAACUGACAAACACCAUCACCGCUUACCGUGUGUCGUACCCUGCUAGUGGGGGCAUCCGGUUCGAUCGAUUCUUUCAAUGCCCUACUCACGGCUACGGGAAUCAAGUGCCCGCUGGUGCAAGUGCUGCCGAGAUUGCAGUGUCGCCCGAUGGGAGAUACCUAACCGUAUCCUCCAGGAACGAAAAGUCGUUCAAGAUCCCGAACCCCGAUGUGCCAACUUCUGGCGAGCAGGAUCAAGACUGGAUCGACUCGGACUCGCUGAUCGUCUUCGCCAUCUUCCCCGAGACGGGUGAGCUGUCUUUCUUGCAGAAAUUCCCUGCAGGGGGUCUCAUCCCCCGCCACUUCUCGUACAACCAGGCCGGCACCCUUGUCGCCGUAGCGCUGCAGCAGGAUGGCCGCGUGGUUACCAUUCAGCGAGACGUCGUAACGGGUCAGCUGAAGAACAUAAUCGCCAGCGCCCGACUGGGGGGAGAGGUAACCGCCGUCAUCUUUGCUGAGUAGGGGCAGACCUGAGGCAGACUGUAGGCAGACUGUAGGCAGAUUGUAUUAUACAAUCGUAGUAAUUGUAACUUGUGGAGUCAUGACAAUGUCAAGGAGAGUAAAUCGAGGAAGCGGUUCCAGACUGGCUGCAUGAAAGGCCGGAAGGGUAGCGAGUGGCUGCCAUCUGCCAAGGCCCGGAGCGAGCCGGCUUGACGUGGCACAUCCCACCUGACUUGAUCAUGUUCAAGCAUCUCAUGCGGAAUGGGAUGACGAGAUGCAGUAUAUUCCCAUUUGAUCUCCUUUGUUUUGAUUGUUUCCUUUUUUUCGUGGCCUGUUUUCCGGAGCAACAGCUGAUCAUGGCAGUGGAUUACCUGUAUAUAUUAAAACCCGGG